AAAAAUGUCUAAAUCAACAAUGUAGGAUACAAAAAUUUCAUAUGAUGCUCCUCCUUUGGAUUUCUCCAAUUUAAAUAUCAAAUCUUUAGGUGAUUUAAAACAUGCAAUACCAAAAUAAGGUAAACGUAAGUUAGCUCCAAUGGAUGAAUAGAAGGAAGAUAAGAAAAAGGAGAAAUAAUAAUAAUAAUAAUAAGAGAAUGAGAAUAUUUAAGUGUAAUAGAAUCAAUAGUAAGAAUAAGAAGAUGAGGAUAAGUUAGAUGGAGAUGAGAAAGAGAAAGAGAAAAGGGAGUUAUAGAGAUAAAAGGAAGAGAAAUUGACACCUGUAAUAGUUCGUACUAUUGGUUAACCUGUUUAAUAAUCAACAAAUGUUUAUAAGCCAACAAUUGAUGAGAAAAAAUAAACAAAGAAAGAAUUUUAAGUACAAUUAAUUUAAUGUUCAUUGAUAUUAAGUUAUAAUAAAUUAACAUCAUUGCAUAAUUUUUACAAUAUCAUCGAUUAAAUAAUGAUAAAUUGUAAAUAAUUGUAAUGGAUUGAUUUGUCACAUAAUAUGAUAGAAAGUUUAGAUUAUGUAAUUGUUAUAAUUAAAUAAAGAAUUUUGGUGAUUUACCAAAUGUGAAGGCAUUAUACUUACAUGCGAAUAAAUUAAAAGAUAUAAUGGAAUUUGAUAAAUUAUAAUGUUUGAUAGAAUUGAGAACAUUGACUGUUCAUGGAAAUCCUUUUGAUGCUAUUCCAAAUUUUAGAUUGUACAUAAUUGGAUUGUUACCUACGUUAAAAAAAUUGGAUAGUGUGUUGAUAUCUAGAAAAGAAUUAGAUAAUGCUAAUGUGUGGAGAAAUACAUUUAGAAUGAUUAAACCACCUAUAAUUAAAAUAUGAAACUUAAUCUCGAAAUUUUAAAUUACGAUAAUCCACUUUCUAACUUCUUAGUUAAAAUAAAGUAUGGGACUUAAGUUCAUCAAACAACUGUAGGAAACAAUUGGAAUUAAAAGUUUACAUUAGAUUUAAAGAAGACUGUUGAUUUAAAAGUGGAAGUAUGGUAGAAGGAUGAAGAAUUUCAUUUGAUUGGAGAAUCUAUAGUUCCAAAAUAAGAAUAGAUUCAUCAUCUUGAUAUAGUAGGAUAAGGCAAAAAAGAAGGAGUGUUAGUAGUAGAAUAUAAAGAAUUGGAUGUAUAGAAUGUUAAAGUAAAUCAUAAAUUAGAAAAACCUUAAUUAUUGAUUAAAAGAUUAAAUGAUACAUUGAAUACAGAGAUUCAAUAGAAUUAUGGAAAUAUUAAUGAAUAUUUCACUUAAUAAUUUGAAAAUCUUGAAUUGACCCAAUAAGCUAAAUAAACAGCUUCAAAUUUAAUGAUUGAAUCAUUAGAAAGAGCUAGUUAAGGAUUGUAGAUUAAUUAAUAUUAAUAUCAUUUUGAUGAUCAAGAUCCUAAGAACAAUAUUGAAUAAACUAAAAUUAAAGCACUUUAAAAAGAAUUAAUUAAAAAAGAUCUAUAGAAAUAUGAGAAGAGUAGAAGAGAAGUUAAUUUAUAAAUUUUAGAUAUUGAUGAUAUGGAUAUUAGAUUUGAAUAAUAGGAAUAGAAACAAUAAAUAAUAAAUGUGAGAAGAGAACUUGUAUAAAAAUUAUUAUAUAUUGAAGAGAAGAUUGAACAUCUUAAAAGACAUUUAAAAUUAGAUUAGUUAAAUAAAAAUGCAUCUUAAUCUAUUAUUAAUAGUAUGGCUGAAAUGAGUUAAAUAAGUAUUUAUAGAGAACCAAUUGUUAAACCAGAAGUAGAUCCUUAAAAAGAAUAAUAAAGAUAAGAAUUUAUUAAAAAAUAAAUGAAAGAAUGGAAUGAAUUAUAAGAAUAAAGAUUGAAGUAGAUUGAAAUUUAAAAAGAGAAGAUUUAAAAGACUGAACAAAAAAUAAGAAAGUAAUAAGCUUUGAUUUAAGAAGCAAAGACUAAAGAAAAGAGAGAAGAAAUAGAAUAAAGAUUAAAUAAAUUAAGAGAAAAGUAAAAAUAAAGAGAAGAAGAUUUAUAAGAAUAAAAUAGAAGAUAUUUAGAAAAAAAGAAAUAAUAACAUCUUGCAGAAAAGUAUGCACAAUAGGAUGCUUCUUAUAUGAUUUAAUUGUAAGAAAUAAGAAAAAAUAAAUUAAAAGAAAUGAAAAAUCCUGAAUUUGAUAUAUAAGAAAUUAUGUAAUUCGAUAAAAAGAUUAAAGAUCUUAGAAGAGAGAAAGCAGCUUAUAGAUAGAAAUAGUGGGAUGAAAGAGAAAAACAAUGGAAUAAGUUUUAAGCAUAAUAUUAUUCAUAAAGUUAUAAGAGAGCUAGAUAAUAUUAUAAAGAAUAAGAUUUAAAAGUGGAUGAAUCUAAAAUUAAAGCAUAAGAAAGACUUAAUUUACUUAGAUCAUAUGAUAAUGAAGUUAAAUAGAGAUAUUAACCUCAUGUUUCUUAAGAAAAGAGAUAGGAAAUUGAUGAAAAUAUAAGAAAAAUUAAAUAUGAACCUGAUUUUAAAAAAUAUAGAGAAUUAUCUGAAAAAGUUAAAGAAAAACAUAUUUAUUUUGGAGUUGAACAUAAGGAUCAAUCUGGAAAUAAAAAAGUUAAACUUAAGCCAUUAGAAAAUAUUCCUACUCCUAUUUCUCCAAGACGUAUAGGAGAUUUUUAUUUAAGAGAACAUGCCACUUAUAAUAAAAAACAUAUUCCUCCUUUGCCAAGACCACCUGAACCACCUAAAUCAAGUUAAUCAGAAUAAAAAUUAGUUAUUAAAGAUUAUUUGAAAGAAUAGAGAAUUAAAAAAUAGUUAAUUGAAUAAUAAUCAGUAAAUAUUGUAUUCUAUAAUAGUUAAAAAAUAUGAACCAAACUUAAGGAUUAGAAAAUGAUGAUUAAAAGAUGAUUAUGCAGAUUAAAAAAUAAUUAGAAAAACUGGAUCAUAUUUGA